CGUCGCUCUGCAGGACUUUGACACUGAACUACAACUUGGGCUCUGCUCCACUCAGGGCUCUGACCGGGAGACUAACCCGUCUGUGAGGCUCUGGACGCGGGGGAUGACUGACCUGUGGGUCUCCGUGGGGGUGCUGGCGGCCGCGGUGCUCCUCUGUGAGGCGGUUCGCCGCGCCGCAGCGCGCCUCCUCCGCGGAGUUUAUUGGAUUUACCUGCUGGAAGCGGUGUCCACCUUCCAGCUCUGCUGCUGCACCCAGGAACUCAAGCUGCUCGGGGAAACCGCCCGCUUGGACGCAUCGACCAGCCUGACCCUCACUUAUGUCAUCACCGUCGUUCACUUAGCAACUUUCCGGGAGGCGGCGUGUAAUCCCGGCGCCGCGCUGGAGAGCGUCUGCCGCGGCACCGCGAGCGGCGGAGCGGCGGCGCUCCUCAUCGUUCUGCAGCUGGGAGCUGCGGUCGCCGCGCGGUCCUUCGCAGCCUCCGUGUGGUCGCUGGGUCUGUCGGACAUGCACCUCCGGCACCAAAAGUUCGGGUUCCGGUGCUCGGACCCGCUCGGUGGGACGGUGCUGGAGGCUGCUGCCGUGGAGCUGGCCUGCGCGUUCGCGGUGCAGGCUGUGGUCAUGCACGUCCACAGGCUGGAGGAGAAGCUCCGGGUUCACCUGUUCGCUGCGGUCAUCACCGCUUUGGUUUACGCAGGUGGAAAUAUUUCAGGAGCCGUUUUUAACCCUGCCCUGGCUUUCUCCAUUCAGUUCCCCUGCAGUGGCCACACAUACCUGGAGUACUGCUUUAUCUACUGGCUGGGUCCAGUCUUAGGCAUGGCGAGUUGCAUCCUCCUGUUCGAGAAGAUCAUCCCUUUCCUUUCUGGAAAGAGCACAAUUGGGAUGAACGGCUCCAUUCCACAGAAAGAGAAGACACAAUAGAUAUUUUUUUAGGCUCCAUGUUUAAUUGAGUGAAUGGGCAUUUUCUAAAUAAUAAUGAUUUUGCAACGUGACCAGGUAGGGCGUGAUGCAGCAUCCAGCAUCACUGAUGUUGAAAGACACUGUUGCAUGUGAUGCUGCAGAAAAUUAAUGAGCAUAAAACAGUCUGAAGGCACAAAAACAUUGUUGGCUUUUUAGGCUAAUGGGAAGAGCAAUAAAUCUGAGCACAAGGAAAUAGCAACUUUUAAUCUCACCAGUUGAUUUAUGAGAAGCAAAAAUUAAGCAAUAGAUGAAGAGUUGGGUUUAAAUAGGUGUAAAGACUGCUAAUAUUUAACAUGUUCUGUUUCAGGGACAGUUAAAGCUCAAUAGUUGGACUGGCUCACAACCCAAGGUGACCAUAAACACUUUGUUCAACAUGAACCAUCAUGACUGACGGAUUUAAGUUAAAAAUAGGCCUACAAUUAAAAAAUGCUAAAAGUAAAAGUGUAACUGCUGUUAUUUACAUUAUUUACUAUCAAAUUUAACAGUUCUUUAUUUAGCAACAAAAAAGCUUUGAUUAUAUAGGUCUAUAUAUGCAAUUUAUCCAUAAGUCAUUAGCAAAGGCUGAUUAGCAGGUGAAGAGGGUGUCUUCAGGAGGCAAACCAAUAAUGGUGUGUUGUAGCACCAUAAACUUGAUUCUCUUGUUGUUAAUCUAGGUUGACCAGAUGUCCCCGAUUUCCGUAGACAGUCCCUGACCUACACUCGGCAAAAGCUUUCCUGGAAAUAUCCCCGAUUUCAGCUUUUGUCCCCGAAAAUUGACGCCUACUCUCUUUGAAAUGUUAUCUAGCUAAAAGCUAGCUAGCUAGCUAACUAGCUACCUGUUAGCUAACCACUAGCUAAUUAACCAUUUCUUACACUUUGAUCCUUAAUUCCAAGAAUGUUCUUAUGCUUUGUUAUCCCACUUUUGGCCUUGUAAUUCAGUUGUUGUUUUUUUUUUUUGCCUUUUUUACAACAUCAUGAAGGCCUCAACAAUCACAAACUGAUAGUUAAGAGGCCAGUUUGAACAAAUAUUAAAUCGGGUCUAUGCUUAGAGUCCCAACAAUAAAAUCCAGUUUAUUGCA